CCCAUCUGCCCGCGGUGUGGCCGGGGCUCGGGGCUGCCUAGGGAGCGAUGGUGCGUGGGGUGAGGAUGUGAGAAAUCCCGGCCCAGCCAGAGAGGACGUGCAUGUGCCCGCCGGUGCAAUGAUGUGCCUUGAUUUCCCCGAGUGGGGUGUGUGUGUAGGGUCUCCCCUGCACAGUUGUGGGGUGCGGGGUGCUGCGGGGAGUGGUGGCCCCGGCUGGGCCCUGUUUUACCCUCCUUCACUGGCCUCUGCUCUUGUUCUUUCCUUUGAAGCAGCAGGCACUGUCCAGCGUCGCAGCCCUGAUACCAGGCUAGAUGGGCCCCUGCUCUUACUGGGCCUGGCAGGUUCUGAGCAGCAGCUUGUGCAUCCCCCAGAGCCUGGACGCGUAGGGAGGUGGCCAGGGGCAUCUGACAGGCAGAGCAACCCCUGUACAGCGACCCAAUGCAGGAAAUCAUGCAGGAACCCAAGUUCACAGCUGCUGCAACAGAGCCAUGAGUGAGAGCGUGGAGGGGGCUCCCCACCUGGACGGGAUCGGGCCAGAAAGCGCGGAGGGGGCUGGGACAGAGGAGCUGCAGGGGGACACUUGGUGGAGCCAGCAGCAGAUGGAGGGGCAGCGGCGUACCGGCUGCUUCGAGGUGGGACUGACAAUCUGUGCCGAGUGCGGGGAGAGCUUUGGGGAUGACAUGGCCCUGCUAGCCCACCGGGGGACGCCCUGCAGAGGCGCGGCGGCGAAGCCGUUUGGCUGCUCCGGUUGUGGGCGGCGGUUCAGCCGCAGCUCCAACCUGCUGCGCCACCAGCGGGUGCACACGGGUGAGCGCCCCUUCACCUGUGCUGACUGCGGCCGGUGCUUCAGCCAGAGUGCCCACCUGGCCAAGCACCAGCGCCUCCAUGGCACCGCGGGGCUCCCCACCCCACCGGUGGAACGCAGCUACAGCCGCAGCCCCGAGUUCCUGCGAUUCCAGCGGGCCCACGCCGGGCAGCGCCCCUUUGCCUGCCCCGACUGCGGCAAGCGCUUCAGCGCUGGCUCCUCUCUGGUGCAGCACCAGCGCAUCCACACGGGCGAGCGCCCCUUCCCCUGCCCCGAAUGUGGCAAGCGCUUUCUGCGGGCCCCGGACCUGGCCCUGCACCAACGCAUCCACACGGGCGAGCGCCCAUUCCCCUGCCCUGACUGCGGCCGGCGCUUCAUCCGUGGCCCCGACCUGGCGCUGCACCGGCGCACCCACACCGGAGAGCGCCCCUACCAGUGCGGCCAGUGUGGGCGCCGGUUCAGCCGCGGGCCCGGCCUCCUGCUCCACCAGCGCACGCACACUGGGGAGCGCCCCUACCAGUGCACCCAGUGCGGCCGCCGCUUUAGCCGCAGGUCCAACCUGGGCCGCCACCUGGCCACCCACAGCACGCUGCGGAGGGACCCCACACCAGGGGGAGAGCCCAGUGCAGAGACUCUCAUGCAGCAGGGAAUCCCCGCAGAGGGGGAGGAGUCCCAAGGGCUGAAGGGGCAGAGCUCGGAGGCUAUGACUCAGCAGGGAAUCCCUGCAGAGGGGGAGGAGUCCCAGGGGCUGAAGGGGCGGAGCUCGGAGGCUGUGAUCCCUGCAGAGGGGGAGGAGUCCCAAGGGCUGAAGGGGUGGAACCCAGGCUCCCUGGUGGCUCCCCCAGGGAAGCGCCACGGCUGCCCAGACUGUGGGAAGGGCUUUGCCCAGCGCUCGCACCUGCUGGUUCACCAGCGGGUGCACACCGGGGAGCGCCCCUUCCCCUGCCUGGAGUGUGGCAAGCGCUUUAGGCAGAGCUCGGUGCUGGCCCGGCACCGGCGCACCCACACGGGCGAGCGCCCCUUCGCCUGCGGGGACUGUGGCCGGUGCUUUGCGGAGAGUGCGGUGCUGCUCCGGCACCGGGCCGUGCACGCCAGCGAGCGCCCCUACUGCUGCAUGGACUGUGGCCGUGGCUUCAGCCUCCGUGCCAACCUCCUCCAGCACCGGCGGCUCCAUGCCCGGCGCCCCCACGUCUGCACUGACUGCGGCAAGGCCUUCAGCGAGGCCGCAGCCCUGGCCGCCCACCGCAGCACCCGGCAUGGGGCCGGCAAGCCCUUCACCUGCACCGGCUGCGGCAAGCGCUUUGGCCGCAGCUCCACGCUGGCUCGGCACCGGCGCAUCCAUGCUGAAAGGCCCCAUGAAUGUGCCCGCUGUGGCCACAGAUUUGGGGAGAGCGCCGAGCUGGCGCAGCACCUGCGGGUGCACAGCGAGACCCCCUAUGAGUGUGCCCAAUGCGGGGAGCGCUUUGCCCAGAGCCACACGCUGAUCUCACACCAGGCCAUCCAUGCCGAGCCAAGCCACGGACAGAGCCACACUGCCCAUGCCCACCAGUCCCCUCUUGCCAAGCAUGGGGACAGCGUCCUGCCCAAGUCCCCAGCUGUGUCCCACCAGAGACUCCACACGGGAUAGGAGCCAGGACAGAGCCCUGGAGUCCUGGCUCCCAGCGCCCUCCCCCCCCCCCGAACCCAUUAGACCCCAUGCCCCUCCUAGAGCCAGGGAUAGAACCCAGGACACCUGGCUCCCAGUCCCCUCUGCUCUGAUCCACUAGACCAGGGGCGGGCAAACUUUUUGGUCUGAGGGCCACAUUGGGUUUCGGAAAUUGUAUGGAGGGCUGGUUAGGGGAGGCUGUGCCUCUGCCCCCUAUUUGCCCCCCCUUGCUUCUCGCCCCCGAUGGGCUCCCCCGGGACUCCUGCCCCAUCCAACCCCCCCGUUCCCUGAUAGCCCCCCAGGACCCCUGCCCCAUCCACUCCCUGUCCCCUGACCACCCCCGGAUCCCCUGCCCCUGACUGCCUUCCACCGCCCCAUCCAAUCCCCCCCUCCUUCCUGACUGCCCCCUCGGACCCCUGUUCCCAUUCAAACCCCCCUUCCUCCAUUCCUCACUCUCUGAUGGCCCCAAUCCCAUCCACACCCCUGCCCCCUGACCACCACUCCCAAUUCCCCUGUCCUCUAUCCAACCCUCGCUGCUCCCUGCCCCCUUACCGCGCAGCACAGAGCACCGGUGGCUGGUGGCACUACAGCCGCGCCACCCAGAGCAUCGCACCAGUGUAGUGUAGUGUAGUAAAUUGCGCCCUGUAACUGCUACCAGUAGCUCAUUCCUACGCGGAGCAGUUUAAUACACUACAUCGGCAGCAUGGCGCGCUGAGGCUGGGGUGGGGUGGGGGGCCGAGCAGGGGAGGGGCCGGGGGCUAGCCUCCUGGGCCAGGAGCUCAGGGGCCAGACAGGAGGGUCCUGUGGGCCGUAGUUUGCACACCUCUGCACUAGACUACGGGUGGGCAAACUACAGCCCGGGAGCUGCAUCCGGCCCUUCAGAUGUUUUAAUCCAGCCCUCGAGCUCCAGCCGGGGAAUGGGGUCAGGAAUUUGCCUCGCGCUGCAUGUGCCGUGGCUCCAUGUGCUCCUGGAAGCAACUGAUUGUUCCCUCUCUGGCUCCUGCAUGUAGGGGCAGCCAGGGGGCUCUGCCCCUACCCUAAGUGCCGCCCCCGCAGCUCCCAUUGGCUGGGAACAGGCCAAAGGGAGCUGCAGGGAUGGUGCCUGGGAAUGGGGCAGCACGCAGAACCACCUGGCUACCCUUACAUGUAGGAGCUGGAGGGGGGACAUGCAGCUGCUUCCAGGAGCUGCUUGAGGUAAGCGCUGCCCGGAGCCUACAUCCCAGACCCCGUCCCAGCCCCUCGGUCCCAGCAUGCUCCUGCACCCCAAAUCUCUCAUACCCAGCCCCACCCCAGAGCCUGCACCCCCAGCCAGAGCCCACCCCCACCUCAACCACCUGUCCUAGCCUGGAGCCCUCUCCCACACCCUGAACUCAUUUCUGGCUUCUCCCCAGAACCCUCACCCCCUAUACCCCAACCCCCAAUUUCGUGAGCAUUCAUGGCCCGCCAUACAAUUUCCAUACCCCGAUAUGACCCUGACAAAAAGUUUGCCCACCCCUGCACUAGGCCCCACUCCUUCCCCAGAGCCAGGGAUAGAACUGGGGGUCCUGGCUCCAACCCCCCUUGUUCUAACCCACUAGACCCCAGACCUCUCCCAGAGCCAGGGAUAGAAUCCAGGAGUCCUGCCUCCCAGCUCCCUGCUCUAACCACCUUGGAGCCAGGCUGAGGGGGCACAUCUCUCCCUGCAGGUGCUGUGGGGCUCCAGCCUUUUUGGACCUAAGGGGGGUGGGCAGGCAGCUCCAUCUGAGUGGGGUCCUUGGGGAACUGUACCUUCCAGAGGCUCAUGUCUCUUGAUACAGAGGCUGUUGGAGACACUGAAUGAAGCAGGUCUAUGUCAC